AUGGAUAACAAAAAAUAAGCGAACAAUGAUAUAGAAGAAGUUAGGUAGUUAUUUGGGUAGCAACCAUAAGUUGGAGCAGCAUAAACUUCUUUAAAAGCUUAAAUUUAGAAUUGCUCAGAUAAUCUAAAUUUGAAUUAAAUUAUUAAAGAUGGAAAAUUAGAAAAGUUUGAAGAGUAUUUUAAAAAUCAUAUAGAAUCCAAAAAUGAGAAACCUGAUAAAUCGGAAAUGAGUUAAAUUUUAUUGAAGCUUAUAGAUAAUUAUUACGAAAACAAGGAUCACUAACAAUGUGCAGUCUAUUUGAUAAAUAAGGUAGAUAUUAAUCCAAACUAUCAUCCUCUUGAUGAAGAUGACGGAGUAACAUUGUUGAUGAAAGCAGCUGAAAAGUAUAUGGUUUAAGUGGUUAAGUUACUUUUGUAAAAAAAUGACAUAUAAGUUAAUUAAACUGACAGAAAAGGAGAAACUGCAUUAAUUCAUUCUGUAAGAUGCUAAAAACCAUCUAUGAAAGACCAUUUAUUAGUGAUAGAACUCCUAUUAGAACAUGGAGCUGAUCCAAAUACAAAGUAUAUUGAUGAUAGUAAAGGAGAAAUGCCUCUCUUGCAUGCCUGCGUUAUUAAUUAAUGGGCAGAUACAGUUAAUUUACUAAUAAAAUAUAAAAUCGAUAUUAAUUAAAUUGAUAAAUAAGGUGAUACAGCAACUCACGUUGCAGCUAGAAGGUAAAAAAGACCAGAAAUACUAGAGAGUCUUCUAACUUGCAAUCCUGAUUUAAAAAUUUAAAACAAUAACCAUCAAACUGCAUUAGAUGUUGCCCAGGAAGACAAGAAAAAGUUAAUUUAAUCUAAAAUUCAUGAGUAGGAGGAAAAGCUAAGGUAACAAUAAUUGGAAAGUAAAAAAUAAGACUAAAAUAAAUAAGCAGAAUAGUAAAUAAAAGAUGUUAAAUAAGAUGAACAAAGUAAUAAUUUUGAGGAAAAGUAAGUAAUUUAAAAUUAGAUUGAAUAAGUUUAAGAUGAGCUAUUCAAUACGACUGCUACAGAGUCUAAAAUAAACUAUGAAAUUGUCUAAGAAAGUGAAUAAAAAAGCAAAUAAAUAAUUUAGAAUACAUAACAGAAUUAGACUUCAUAGAUUUAGUAACAGGCAAGCUAGAAAAGUGAAGAUGAGGGUAAAAGCAAAAAUAAUAGCCAAUAAUCUAAAGACUAAAAAGAAUCAGGCUUAGAGAAUGGUAAUAUAAACGGUUUUCAAUAGCAAUAACAAGGAUAAGUUAAUUAAAACACAAAUAGUAGUUUAUAAAGUAAAAAGUAAUUAAAUUAAGCUAGCACAGAGUUUUAAUUAAAUUCAUAGUAAGCAAACCAAUCACUAUCAUCAUCUUCUUCUUAAUAAAACAAUGCCUCAAACAAUUUAAUAAAUUAAAAUUAAUAAACUAAUUUUUCUUCCCCAACUUAAUCAUUUAAUUCUAUGCAAAACAUAAAAGCUAAUAAUAGUAAUUUAAAUAGCAGUAUUAACAGCUAAAACAAUAUAAACAAGAAUCCAUAGUAUGGAUCCUAAUACUAAAAUUAUUCUGGGUAGCAGCAUUUAGACAGAAGUAAAAACUUACCAAAUCAACAAUUAUAAUAAGGCUAAAUUACAGCAACUUUAAAUAGAGGUGCAUCUAACUUUAACUACCCAUAGUAAAAGAGUCCCAUAAGCUAAGUGGGUAUUCCAAACUAGAAUAUAAUGCCUGGUUUAAAUGGUAAUCACCAGUAAAUACUCUAAAAAAAUCAAGUUUAAACUCCUAUUCCUUAAAAUUAAGUAUAAAAUAACCAGUAAUUGUAAUAAACACCAUCUCCUUCUAACGUUACUGAAGAAUAUCCUUUUUGGCCAGAAUCUGUUAAACUUUAUGAUUUAAUGAAAACUUCUAUAAUAACCAAAAUAAAUCCUAAUAAAAUUUCAAUAGAUAUUUCAGAUGAUUCAAAAAGAAAUGACUUAAAUCAAAAGGCACAAUUUAUUUCUUACUUCACCAAUAUAGACAAGAUGAUGAAUUAAUUAAAAAAUGAAAAUAAAGAGUAUAAAAUCAAAAAUUAGUAAUUAGAAUAAGAAAACUAAAGUCUCAAACAAAAAUAUGAGGAUUUGCUAAGAUUAACAAAUUCUAAAAAUUACGAAAGCGAAAUUCCUAAUUAAAUAGAUCCAUAAUAGACAACUAAUUUACAUAUAUAAGGCAAUAAUAAAGAUCCAUUUAACUGUGCUAACGAUAUCCUAGACUGGGAUUAAGACUUAAUGUUUAGAAAGCAUGGAGAUCCAAACGUAAAUUAUUUCAAAAGUACUUAAAUGCUGAGCAAAAAAGAGCUUAUUCCUCAUCUUAAUGAGGAAAUAAGAGAAUUCGAAAGAGAAGUCAAUGAAUAUAAUAAAAGAAUGGAGCCUACUUUCGAUGAACUUAUUAAAAAGGUUGAAGAUAUAAUAAAAUAACAAUACCCAAAUAUCAAACUAAAUAAAUAUGGUUCAUAUGCUACAAAGCUAUGCUUGCCUUGGUCAGAUAUUGACAUAGUAGUAGAUGCCUCUGGAGUCAAUGAUAGUGCUAAUUAAUCAUUCUUGAAAACUAUAGAGUCUCUCCUUCUAGCUCACUCUGACCUUGUGUAAGAAAUAUUUAAUGUUUCAAAUACUAGUGUGCCUGUGCUCAAAGUAACUUGCACUCAAAAAUAUGACUAUAAAAAACUAGAUAUAACUAUUUUAGAAGGAAAGCACAAUGGUAUUAAGUGUGUUGAUUUGGUAAAUAAUUACAUUAAUGCCUAUUAGCAUCUUAAGCCUCUAGUGCUAGUUUUAAAAUAGUUUCUACAUAGCUUAGAAAUGAAUGAUACAUAUAAAGGAGGUCUAAGUUCUUAUUCUUUAAUUUUGAUGCUUGUAUAUUUUAUUCAAUAAAAGCAAAAUACUGAUGAUUUACCUGACAAUGAGGCUGAAUUGCUUAUACAAUUUUUAUUAUUUUAUGGAUUUGAUGAAUAAAAAUCCAAAUACAUAGCUCCUAAGAAGGUUGAUUCAAAAGGAGAAAUGGAUAUGUCAUAGCCACCAAAUAUACCAAAUAUGAAUAACUACGCUUUCUCUAAUUUUACAAAUGAUUAAAAGAUACACAUUAUGGACCCUUAAAAUUAUUAAAAUAAUGUAGCAAGGUCAUCUUUUCAUUAUAAUAAAAUUAAGACUGCAAUGGCUUGUUCAUAUACAAUUAUGCAUACUAUGUAUGUUUGCCAUUCUUGUAAAAAUUAAAGAGAGAUUAAAGAAUCAUAAAAAAAACCUUGUCUAAUCCUCAAAAGAUUAUUUUAUUUACCAGGAAAAAUAAUGGAUAUAUAAGAUGCUUGGGUUAUCCACCCAAUCUAAUAGCAAUAAUAUCCAUUUUACAACUAAUAUGCACCAUAUUGA